GCAGCGGCGGCGGCAGCGGCAGCGGCGUCGGGGGUGCGCGAGCGGCCGCCUCUCCAUCCAGCCGUCCGUCCUUCAGUCAUUCACUCACUCUCCAUCAUGAGCACCAAGCAGGUCACGUGCCGGUAUUUCAUGCAUGGUGUGUGUCGUGAAGGGAGCCAGUGCUUGUUUUCCCAUGACUUAUCAACAAGCAAGCCAUCUACAGUCUGCAAGUUCUACCAGAAAGGCUAUUGUGCCUAUGGAUCUCGUUGCAGAUACGACCACAUGAGGCCUGCAGCGGCGGCCAGUGGCAGCGCUCACAAUGCCGGGCCUCCCAGCCUGCCUUCACCGGUUUUCCACAGCCCACACCCUCCUCCCGACCUGACCGCGUCAAUAAUGAAGAGCAGCUUGCACGAGCCUGGGAAGCGUGAGAAGAGAACGCUGGUACUUAGAGACCGGAAUCUGUGUGGCUUAACUGAAGAGAAGGCCAAGCCCUGCGCUGUGAAUGACCCAGGAGGUUGCAGUGACUCAAACGAUAGUCUGGAGAUGAAACCUCAUUCCUACUUAGAAGCCAUCCGGAGUGGACUUGAUGAUUUGGAAGCUGGAAGUUCUGAUAGUAACGAGCAGCAGCUGUGCCCCUAUGCAGCUGCUGGCGAAUGCCAUUUCGGUGACGCUUGUGUCUAUCUCCACGGGGAUGUUUGUGAAAUCUGUAGGUUACAAGUCCUGCAUCCUUUUGACUCAGAGCAAAGAAAGACACAUGAGAAGCUUUGCAUGGCGACCUUUGAACAUGACAUGGAGAAAGCCUUUGCUUUCCAAGCGAGUCAGGAGAAAGUGUGUAGCAUCUGCAUGGAGGUGGUCUAUGAGAAACCAUCAGCUUCGGAGAGAAGGUUUGGGAUUCUCUCCAGCUGCAACCACACAUACUGUUUGUCCUGCAUCCGGCAGUGGAGGUGUGCCAAGCAGUUUGAGAAUCCCAUCAUCAAGUCCUGUCCAGAAUGCCGUGUAAUAUCUGAAUUUGUCAUUCCAAGUGUGUACUGGGUUGAAGACCAGAAUAAGAAAAAUGAACUCAUCGAAGCAUUUAAGCAGGGAAUGGGGAAAAAAGCAUGUAAAUACUUUGAGCAAGGCAAGGGGACCUGCCCCUUUGGUGGAAAAUGCCUUUAUCUCCAUGCUUACCCAGAUGGGACAAGAGCUGAACCUGAGAAACCUCGGAAACAGCUUAGUUCAGAAGGCACUGUGAGGUUCUUCAAUUCUGUCCGCCUUUGGGAUUUUAUUGAGGACAGAGAAAGCCGGCACAUCCCAGCUACUGAGGAAGAUGAUGUAACCGAGCUCGGUGACCUUUUCAUGCACCUUUCAGGAGUGGAAGAGUCUGCCUCGAAUCCUUGAGAGUGAACUGAAGCCCCCUCCCCAUCCCUCACCCCCUUACCAUACCAUACCAUACCAUACCAUGGCUCUCUGCCGGACCAGGCCUGUGUGUUUAGAGAGGGUGUGCUGCAGAGUUUUACAUUGACUGCAACAGUAGUUGGUGUGUCACUUGGAUUAAGUGAGGUUGUGUUAAACCUUUGUCUGAUCCAGUCUCCAUUAUUACAGCAAUGGAAACAUUGAAGGAUAUCAAAUAAAAAAUUAACAGAAGUCUAUGUAAUCUCCAUUUUCAUGGUUAAUUAAUUCUUCAGUUACUUUUAAACCUCUGUAUGGCUGUCACCUGAAGACCAGACUAGCUAAGGUUGGAGAGAUUCAUCCCCAGGUCGGCCACAGCAUCUCUUGAAGAUUAUCUACUAAGUCAGAAAGGGGUUGUGAUCUUCACGUGCAGACGAAUCAGCCACAUUGAUGAAAUUACAGAUCCUUGAGAGAAUCCAACCAACCAUUCAUGUGCUUGGUCCAUGCUGGUUGGGGACUUCCUGCUGGGAAAAGCACAAGGGGGCAGCCAGUCUGAUAGAAGGACUGUUGUGGAAGAGAUGGUGGCCUUCUACCUAAAGGAUACACAGUGACCCGCAACAAAGGCUGCUUUUCAGCUUUCCACAUCCCUUUUCCCUUCAUGGGAUAGUCUACACAAAGGUAUGCCUGCCCCCAUAAGCAAAACCCAGUAUAUGAAAAGCCACCUUUACAAAGUAAACAAUGUGUCUCUUUUCUCUCAGGCAUUUUCAGUUAUUUGAAUGUCAAAAAUCUGAUUUUACAUCUUUUCAGGCACACAACAUAGAAAAUAAAGUCUUUCUGCAGUGUAAAACCUUAAUUUGAGUUUGCCUAUUAAAGCUGUUUUGAUUUCUCA